UUCGUAGGGGAAGGUUUGAGAAGCCUUCCCCAUAGCCGGACUUCCGCUUCCGGUCCUCGGCAUCUGUACGCGGUCGUUAUGGAGGAACCGGAGAUGCAACUCAAGGGAAAGAAAGUCACAGACAAGUUCACUGAGAGUGUCUAUGUCCUGGCCAAUGAGCCAUCCGUGGCCCUGUACCGGCUGCAGGAGCACGUGCGCCGCUCUCUGCCUGAGCUGGCCCAGCAUAAGGCUGACAUGCAGCGAUGGGAGGAGCAGAGCCAGGGAGCCAUUUACACAGUGGAGUAUGCCUGCAGUGCUGUGAAGAACCUUGUUGACAGCAGCGUCUACUUCCGCAGCGUGGAGGGUCUUCUGAAACAGGCCAUCAGCAUCCGGGACCACAUGAAUGCUGCCGCCCAGAGCCACAGCCCUGACGAACCACCCCUGCCCUCCUCAGCUUGAUCCCGGAAGAGACUUGGAGGUGCUUUGGCCCCUCUGGCUCAGGCUGCAGGCCCUGUCUCGAUCCCGUGUUCCCCCUGCCAAGACAGAAAGGGGAGCCCGCGUUUGGUUGUUUUCCUCACACGCGUUCUCUCAGGCAGAGCCCAGCAUGAUGGCUACCCACCCAGCUCAGGAAUCUUCGCUGCACUGCUGGCCAGCUGUGUGACCCUGAGAAAGUCCCUCCUCUCUCUGGUCUCUGCUUUUCCCUUCCGUCAGAGUGGUUCAGCAGGCAACAGAGGGUGCUGCUGCAUAGUGAUGUGUGUUGUAGCAAUCAGCUACUGCUGCAUGACCAACUGUCCCCAAACUUAGUGGUUGACAACCCUAGUCAUUUGGCUGCUUACAGUCCUGCGAUUUGGGCUGGGCUCAGCUGGGCAGUUUUUCUGGACUUCACAACUAUCUGGCACUCAUCAGAAUUCAAAGGGGCUCAUAGUCAGAGGUGGCCUCGCUCACACAUCUGGAUCUGGACCCGUGCCGUCAGCAGCAGGGGGUCCGUUCCCCUCCGCGUGGCCUCCCCAGCAGGCCGGCCUAGGCUUCUCCUGGUGACCGGGUGCCCAGAGGGCAGCCCCCAUGUGCCUGUGCCCAUCCGACCUCUUCUUGCUUCACACUGCGGAUGCUCCAUUGGUCAAGGCCAGCCACGUGGCCAGGCCAAGAACCCGAUGGGAGAGGACUGCAGGAAGGCCUCAAUACCGGGAGGUAUGAUCGACUGUGUGAGGAGAGCAUGGUACCAAGAAAGGCCUGGCACGUUGUUACUCGGCGCCCAUGUAGGGCAGACCCCGGCAGAUCGGCGGCAUCUGAGGGACUUCCUGAGCUCUGGCUGUUGUAGUUCUCAAAGCCCCGCCCAUUUGCCAGGCACUGCGAUGGCGCUCUGUGCCACAGAGGCCCUCUCAGAGGGCUUGGGAGGCAUGAGUGGGAUGGGGCCUCCACAGCCCCAGAGCCACAGUCUCCAGAGACAAGAGGCAGCAGAAUUCAUGUGUGUGCAGUUGAAGUACUUUUUGAGCACCUACUGUGUGCCAGGCUUAGCUCUCCGGCUGGGGGUAGUGAGGAAUCCCGCUGGCUGUGGGAUUGCCUAGGGAGCAUCUGGGAGGACUUGGGGCAGGAGGGGCUACCAAGAGGGCCAGCAGCUCACCCCAGUGGCCCACGCAGUGUUGCCCACCAGCCCUGGGCCUACACUCCACCAUCUCUCCACUCCCUUCUCCUUGCCCUCAUCACUCCCACCAUCCAGCCUCAAGGACACCGCCCUGCUGCCCUCCCCACACCCUGUUGUCAUCUGCUGUCCCUCUGCUGCUGCGCCCCCUUGGAAUAAAAUUCUCUGUGGCUUCUCCUGA